AUGAUCAGCAGCAGUCACCUUCAAACCAAGAAAACCAGAUCAGCAUUUAGACCAGGUUCACAUAAAUGUGAAAAUUGCAGUACAUGCAAAUAUAUGGUACCAAAAACUGAAGUGAUUGACAGGUUUGAAGUUAAAGAGAUCACUUUCCUGAAAAAUACAGUCAUGGAAUGUGAUGCAUGCGGUCUACAUGCCACUGGACCACAAAUCACCAUAACGGCAUCCAGAAACAGAUGUAUCCCGAAUCCCUGCUUCUCUGGGGUUUCCUGUACAGAAACAGCCACUGGUUAUCAAUGUGGAGCAUGUCCGACUGGUUACACUGGAAGUGGAAGUCACUGCACUGACAUUGAUGAGUGCAAGGCGAAUCCUUGUUUUCCACGUGUCCGCUGUGUCAACACCUCUCCUGGCUUCCACUGUGAUCCAUGCCCCAUUGGAUAUAUAGGAAAGAGGUUUCAAGGGGUUGGCCUAGAGUUUGCUAGAGCUAAUAAACAGGUAUGUGAAGAUAUCAAUGAAUGUGAAGGGGGAAAUAAACCGUGCCCUGCCAAUGCUGUCUGCGUCAACACAAAGGGUUCAUAUAAAUGUAGCUCUUGCAAGGCAGGUCAAGAAGGGCAGCAAACUUCAGCCUGCAAAACAGAGCGAAGGUGUCCAAAUGGAGAUAUCAGCAAGUGCCACGAAAAAGCGGACUGUGUCAUGGAGUGGGAUGGAACCAUUGUGUGCGUGUGUCCAGUUGGAUGGGCAGGAAAUGGACUUAUGUGCGCUAAGGAUACAGACAUUGAUGGAUUCCCAGAUGAAAAACUCAGAUGCUCUGAUGUGAAAUGCAGAAAGGACAACUGUGUAACAGUUCCAAAUUCUGGUCAAGAAGAUGCAGAUAACGAUGGUAUAGGAGAUGCGUGUGACGAUGACGCUGAUGGAGAUGGUAUUCCUAAUAUACAGGACAACUGCGUUUAUGUCCGUAAUGUGGAUCAGAAAAAUGCUGAUCAGGACAACUUUGGAGAUGCCUGUGACAACUGUCGUAAUGUCAAAAACGAUAACCAAAAAGAUGCUGACAAAGAUGGAAAAGGAGAUGUUUGUGAUGAUGACAUGGAUGGAGAUAAAAUUAAAAAUAAUGUUGACAAUUGCAAGAUAGUCCCAAACCCUGAUCAGAAGGACACGGAUGGUGAUGGCGUAGGAGACGUAUGUGACAGUUGUCCCACUGUUCGAAACCCUGACCAGGCAGAUGCUGAUAAUGAUCUUGUGGGUGAUGUGUGUGAUACCAACCAAGAUAGAGAUGGAGAUGGACAUCAGGAUUCAAGAGAUAAUUGUCCAUCAGAUAUUAACAGCUCACAGCUGGAUACUGACAGGGACGGCAUGGGGGAUGAAUGUGAUGAUGAUGACGAUAACGAUGGUAUUCCAGAUGUUUCACCUCCAGGGCCUGAUAACUGCAGACUUGUUCCUAACUCUGAUCAAAAAGAUUCUAAUGGCAAUGGAAUUGGCGAUGCUUGUGAGGGAGAUUUUGACAAGGACGCAAUAGUUGACAAAAUUGAUGUUUGUCCAGAAAAUGCUGAAAUUACUCUUACAGACUUCAGAGAUUAUCAGACAGUUGUAUUAGAUCCAGAAGGUGAUGCCCAAAUUGAUCCAAACUGGAUUGUGUUAAAUGAGGGAAUGGAAAUUGUCCAAACAAUGAACAGUGAUCCAGGACUUGCUGUUGGUUACACAGCAUUCAAUGGAGUGGACUUUGAAGGAACCUUUCAUGUCAACACAGAAACAGAUGAUGACUAUGCUGGAUUUAUAUUUGGUUAUCAGGACAGUUCUAGCUUCUACUCUGUCAUGUGGAAACAGAUGGAGCAAACAUAUUGGCAAGCAAACCCCUUCCGAGCUGUAGCUGAACCUGGCAUUCAGUUGAAGGCUGUGAAAUCAACAACAGGGCCUGGAGAGUACCUUAGAAAUUCCCUGUGGCACACCGGGGACACUGUCAAUCAAGUCAAAUUGCUUUGGAAGGAUCCCAGGAAUGCUGGAUGGAAAGACAAGACGUCAUACCGCUGGUUCUUACAGCACAGGCCGCAAGUGGGAUAUAUAAGGGCAAGGUUUUUUGAGGGUCCGGAAUUAGUAGCAGAUUCUGGGGUUAUUUUGGAUACGACAAUGAGGGGAGGACGACUUGGAGUCUUUUGCUUCUCGCAGGAGAAUAUUAUCUGGUCAAACUUAAGAUAUCGCUGUAAUGAUACGAUCCCUAAUGAUUAUGAAACAUUUAAACGAUCAGAAGGCCAAGGAUUGAAGCAUUAAUGCACUAAAUUAAAACCACUCACAUCCUUUUUUCCCCCCUCAAACUCACACAACAAGUGAUGUGAAUGUGACACUAUAUUGUUCCUUUGUAGGCUUUGCAUGGCAAUUUCCAAAAACAUAGAACGUCAAGGAGUAACAAAUGAGAGAAAAAAAAUCCUUAAAAAUAUAAAUAAAUGUGCUGUCAAGGUUAUUGCAACAUGUUUUUGGGAUAGUACACAAUACACAUCUGUAUUUGCUCACAUAAUUAAUAUCUUAACGUUUCAGAUAUCCCAACAAAUGAAAUCUGAUGACCCAUGAAAAUGAUCUAAAAUAAAAAAAUUAACAUGAACCUGGGCAUGCAAUAAUAAUGAAAGGACCAGUCAACACAGUAGAUUUCCAUAGUCAACAGAUGCAUUAUAAAAAUACAAUGCAACAGCAUUUAGUCUGAACUUCAAAUGAGUAGUAGAUUUUUUUCUGGCAAAUUUCAAAGUUGUCUAUUUACACUCCCCCUGUACCAUGUGAUAGCAAUCAGCCAAUCACAAAUGCAUAUACAUAAAUUCUGUGAAUUCUUGCACAUGCUCAGUAGGAGCGGAUAACUCAAAAAGUGUAAAUAGUUGUUUAAAAUUGCAGUCUCUAUCUCAAUCUUGUAAAUUUAAUUUGACUUGAGUGUCCCUUUAAACAUAUAUGUGCAAUUUGCCAAACUACUUAAAAACUCUGGCAUGUUUAUGGUAUCCCAUGAGUGUGUUUGCUGCUCUAAGCAAUAAAUGUCUAGUAUGUAGCUGGUUUAAGCAAGUUGCAGCAUUUUGAAGAAAGUCUGGGUUACAGAAUUUGUUUUAGACCUAUCUAGGGAGCUUGGAAAAAAGGGCAGUUUUUACACAAAAUUAAAGUAUUGUACUGUAAAAUUAAGCAAAAUAAAUAUUGAAUUGUAUAUUGAAGAGUUUUUUCUUAAUAUGGUUAAUUAUAUAUUUUAUAUUACAAUCUCAAAGCUAUUCAUGUCCCUUUUAAUCCUUUAAUGGCAGUGAUGUACUCUGUAUAUCACCUGAGGCAAACGUUUUCCAUGGCUUCAAGAGCACAGCUCUUGCCAACAGAAAUAUUACAGCCUUGUAAGCACUAUAAAUAGCUGCAUGCUGUCAUUAAGGGGUUAAUUUACUGGUUUACGUUGUUUUUGAUCAAAUGGGAAUAUAGCAUACCUACUUCUCCCCAUACUGCAGGCACUGCACAUUUGUUAAUGUGAGAUGUUAAUUUUAAUUCUCAAACCGAUGUUUAUUUUUGAUCUACUGACUUAAAGUAAGAUAUUUGCAUGUAACCCAAGAAAAAUAAAGGCUUUUAUUUAGCUACUAUUAAAAUUAAUAAUUGUUUUUCAAACAUAUUGUGGAGUAGAAUUCAAUAAAGUAAUUAUA